AUGUCUCUCUACCAUGAGACAGCUGAUAUUCUCUCAGCCACCGUCGGCGGCAACCUCAAGACCCGCAUCUUCAGCAAAAAGGACCUCAAAUCCCCCCAGCAGGUGGUUUACGCCCUCGCGGUAGAGACCUGUAAGUGGAGCCCCGUGCUCAAGGAGGUCAUAGAAAAGUCGGAGUUGCUACGGCAUGAGCGCAAGCUCACUCCUCUCCUGGCUCUCCUGCUAGUCCAUGACUUCCUCCUCUCCAAGAAGGGCAUAGCCCUGCCCGCCACCCACGGCCUCCGAUCCGCCGUGGAGCGGCACAAGGCGCGCCUGACCGCCGAGUUCACCCGCGCCCGGCUGCGGCGACAAGCCGGGACCGUCGAGUCUUUGCGCGAACAGGUGACAGCCAAGUUCCUCGGCGGCGCCGCCGGGUACCCGCGCUGGGUGCGCGUGAACGCGCUCAAGACGAGCAUCGAGGAGCAGCUCGCCACCACCUUCGCCGCCUUCACGCGCGUGCUCUCCGUCAAGCACGUCACCACCACCCCCGCCGCGUGCGUCUACGUCGACGACCACAUCCCGAACCUCCUCGCCAUCUCGCCCGGCUUCGAGAUCACCAAGACCGAGGCGUACGUCUCCGGCGCCGUCAUCCUGCAGGACAAGGCCUCGUGUUUCCCGGCGUACCUCCUGGACCCCCGCGCCGAGGACGGCGACGUGAUCGACUCGUGCGCGGCGCCGGGGAACAAGACGACACACCUCGCUGCGAUCGUGCACUCCCGGAUUCCCGAGGGAGAGGAGGGGAAGUGCGCGCAGACGGUGUACGCGUUCGAGAAGGACGCGAAGCGCUCGCGCACGCUGGAGAAGAUGGUCUCGGUGGCGGGGGCGAAGGAUAUCGUGCGCAUGAGCUUUGGGCAGGAUUUUCUGAGGGUCGAUCCUAAGGCUGCGCUGUUCAAGGAUGUUGGGUGUCUGUUGCUCGAUCCUAGUUGUUCGGGUAGUGGAAUCGUUGGCCGCGAUGACAUGCCCGCCAUUGAGCUCCCUGAUGCCCCGGGCGCGAAAACGGCAGCAAAGCAGCCCCCAGCAAAGCCCGACCGCAAGCGCAAACGGGAAAAUCCCACUCCCACUCCCACCCCUAACACCACCGCUCAACAACCCAUCCUCAUCGACGACGACGGCCACGAAACCCUCCUCGCCUCCUCCUCGGACCUGCAAGCCCGCCUCGAAGCCCUCUCCUCCUUCCAGCUGCUCCUGCUGCAACACGCCUUCAAGUUCCCCGCCGCGAAAAAGAUCACGUACUCGACGUGUUCGAUUCACCGCGCGGAGAACGAGGAAGUGGUGCUGCGGGCGCUGAGGAGCGAGGUCGCGAGGGAGAGGGGGUGGCGCGUGUUGAGAAGGGAGGAGCAGGUUAGGGGGAUGAGGGAGUGGCCGGUUCGGGGAGUUGGUGCUGGGGCGAGCGAUGGUGGAGAGGAUGAUGAUAAGGCUGUAGCGGACGCGUGUAUCCGGUCGUACCAAGGCGACGGGCGGGGCGUCAUGGGCUUUUUCGUCGCGGCGUUUGUGCGCGACGCGCAACCUAUCCCUGCGGAUAGCGAUGGACCGUACGUUCGCGACGAGGAUGGGCGGAUCGUGAGGGAUGUGUUGGGGAUGCCGACGCUUAAGCCGGGGGUUACGACCGACUCUCGUGAUCGUAGCACGCGGGAAGAAGUUUUGGAAGUGGAGGGGGAUAAGGAUGAGGACGACAUGGAGGAGGAAGAUGAUAGUGACUCGAGUAGUGAUUCUAGUGAUGAUGAUGAUGAUGAUGGAUGGGGUGGCUUUGCUGAUUAG